AUAAAAGCAGCCGGAACGAUCCGCACCGCCUCUCCGGGCUGAGCCGCUCCCGCAGAGCCGCGAGGGAGGAACGGCAGCUCCGGGAUGCUCCCCAUCGUCCUCGAGGUGCUCGGCAGCCUCCUGGCCUGGCUGUGCCUCUAUGCUGCUUUCCGCCUCUGGAACAGGCAUCGUUCCCCCGAGUGGAGCUGCCGCCUGGUCACCCUGCUGCACGGGGCCAUCGCCACCUGCCUGUCUGGGUACAUCGCCCUCUGGGAUGGCCCCUGGCCUCUGAGCCAUGCAGGCUCACCAAACACCGCUCUCCAGGUCCACGUGCUUUCCCUGACGCUGGGUUACUUCAUCUUCGACCUGCUCUGGUGCUUCUAUUUCCAGACAGAGGGAGACCUGAUGCUGCUCCAUCACACACUGAGCAUCUGUGGCAUGGUGCUGGUGCUGGGCUUGGGCAAGUCUGCCACUGAGGUCAAUGCUGUGGUGUUUGUCAGUGAGAUCACCAACCCACUGCUGCAGACCCGCUGGUUCCUGAGGGAGAUGGGCCUCUACCACUCCUUCCUGGGGGAGGUGGUGGAUUUCUGCUUCGUGCUCCUCUUCCUGGUGCUGCGCAUUGGCGGAGGAGCUCUGAUCAUGUAUGCCAUGGUGACGGCCCCAGAUCCCAACUGGAUCCUCAAAGGGGGAGGCCUGGCCAUGUACAUCGUGUCCUUGGGGUUCAUGGUUGAGAUCUGCCGCUUCGUUAGGAGGAAGAUGUUGAAAAAGUACCAUUCCUGGACGCGCCUGAGGAGUGUGGAUGCACCUGUGAAAACAAAUGGGCACUUGGCAGCUCACUGACAAUGACUGUGGAUGGGACCCUGGCUGCUGGAGCCUGUAACUGUGACAAGAGCUCCUAAAAGUGGUGUGGAAAUGACAACCUUGCACUGGCAGCUCUCUACAAGCCCUGGGGGAGAUGGAUGGUCACUCAACACGUGGGAAAGCUGACCAAAUAGGGAACGCAAGGAACAUGGUGUGUCUGCUGGGCUGCUUCCUCUUCCAGCCCGUAAUGCACAGCCUGCAGUGGGGCUGUGCCAGACACAUCCACAGUGCAAAGACUGACUUAUCUAUGAUUGUGUUGGAGGCAGUGUUAUCUCGCAGUGCAGUUGGAAUACUUGAUCUGGAACAUCUCACCCUCUCCCCAGUGGAGCCAGGUACGGGUGUGACCCAGCCAGGAUGUACUCAGUGUUGUUCUCUCUUCAAAUGGGACAAAACAUUGGACCAAGUGCUCGAAUGAGAGCUUGUGAACAAGGCUGAAGUGCCCAUAAGGGGACGGUGGGGUUGUCCUUGGUGUGAAGUAAUGGUGCUGUGGUUCGUGAGGGUGAGGCAAUGUUCUACCUCAUUGUUUUUAGCAAUACAUUUCCUUCUUUUUAAUACUUGCAUUCAAGGAGAUAGUGAUCUCAGAGCAGUGUGACUCCACUGGUUGGACAGUGCACACCUCUGUUCCUUGCAAACAGGAGUCUGGAACCAGACUUGUGCCAAACGCCUCCUCGUGGAGCACCUCGCCUUGCACUGAUUUCAGAAACUCAGGUGCUGUGUGUGUGAGGGCUGACAGACAAAGCAUCCAGAGAAGGUUCUGCUCUGUCUUGCUGCAGGCCAGGAAUGCUGAAUGCAAGGCUGACAGGAGUCUGGUGUUUAUUUCCAGGGGUGACAGUGAUGUUGAGGUGGAUCUCAGUGUGACAUCACUCCAUGCAGUUCUCAGCACAUGGAUCAGUUCUCUUCUUUACCUCUCAGAAUCGUGUUCUGACUUUCCCCUGGGGUUGUAAUGUGAAUUUCCCUCGACUUGUGUAGCAGCAUCCUGCUGGAGUUCGAGAGCCCCUGCAGCUCCUGAUGGCCUUUGUCACACGUGUCACUGCUGUGGGGUGCAGGAGGGGAGCAGCUCUCUGCCCUUAUCUUGCUAGCUGGGCUCUGCUCAGCACUGAUAGCUGGGCUGCAAGGUGUCUGGAGAGAUAAAAGCUAAUAGCAUGAAUGAACUGAAUGUUAGGUGUGACCUUUGGGUGCCAUGCAGACCCCAGGCACGCAGCAGGUCCAUGGGGUUGGGCAGAUGGAGCCUGGGAGGAGGGCACUUUGGGGUCAUGGGCUGCUGUGAGAGCUCCCCAGAGCGAUCAGACUUCCAAUAAAGUUGCAUUCUCAUUUUAAAAGGGAACAGUUGCUGUAACAUUCUUUUGUUCUGGGACUGAAGGAGGCAGCUGGAGCUAAUGAGGCUGGGCUGGAUGGGGCAGCCUGGUCUGGUGGUUGGAACCCUGCUGUACCCCAGUUCUUCCAUGCAGAACAGCUGGCUGCAGUGGCUCUGUGAGGUGGGAAGCAAUAUGCCCUCAGGUGGUCAUGGCUGUGUCUCAGCUGAGGCAUGGUUUUAGUGUUAAACCUCUGCUGUGAUGCUGGAAAAGCAUCUGGCUCCACCCCCACCAUCCCAUUGCAUUUCUUACUUGCUGACCUUGGAAUGGAUGUGAUU